CUCCGGUGGACUAGGGCGAGCUUUAAAUAUGGCGUGGGAUUUCAAUAUUUCGAUAUUUCACUCACCAUAAUUGUCACGUUGUUUGUAUUUACGCCGUUUUUCUAAUAUAAGAUGUUUUAUAAAGAGUUAGAUUUAUUUGAAAAGCGAUGAAAGUUGGGAAAAAGAGGCAGAGGAGUGAGGAUUUGAGAGGCGAAGUUCUUUUCGGAGGUUAUGUCAAUAACGUUCUCUUGGCUAAGUCACGGGGUGAAACCAAAGACUACGACUGUUUGGUUCAAAAUCUUUUAAAUUGUCAGGGUGAUCCAGAAAUCAUGAAAAAAUAUGUGUUUGGACUUAAGAAUUGUAUAUCUAGUCUGACAAAAGAAUGCGAGACACUGGUUGGUGCCGUCCUCCUGUUACCAUGGUUGGAUAAACCAGAUGAAAUUGUAAAUGAAUUUAUUGAUUUCCUGGUGAAUCUUGUGUCGUCCCAAACAUGUUAUCUCCACGCAUGUCUAAAGAUGUUGAUCAAACAUUUUUCUCCUUAUGUAGUAAAGGGUUCAAAAAAGAUGGAAUUGGAUGAAAAAGAGCGGUUGAAGAGGGCAAAAAACACCCAAAAAGCUUUGCAAGCUAUUAUGGAAAUUGUCCCCACAGCUUCAGCCCACAUGUUACCUGCCAUAGUGAAUGGUUAUCCUUUCAUAAAGAUGUCACUUGUCCAUCACGAAUUCUACGUGACAAAUCUCCUGCAACUUGCAGAAUAUAGACCCAGCAUGCAUCUGGAUCUUCUGGAAGUGAUUUGUAACAACCUUGUUAAGAUUGAUGUUGAAAUCCCUAAGUAUUCCCUUGAAAAAACUGAUUUGGAUGAGAUCACACAGUUUGAAUUAGACAUGGAGUGUGAAAGCAAGAAAGAAAAUGAGAAAUCUAAGAGUACGGGCGAUGACAUGGCAGAGAAAUUAGACAUUCUUAUGAACAUGAUGUUUGAAUUUCUUAAAAAUUCUUUUUAUGUUGAAGAUGUAUUUUGCGAGGAGUAUGCUUGGCCAAUGUUUGAUAAAGUGCUUGAGGUUUUUCUAAAAGUGGUGUUUCCAACGCAUGAUUGCUGUCACGUACAGUUUUUUUUAUUUUAUAUUUGCAGUUUUGACGAGGAAAUGGUCUCAAGAUUCCUUGAAGUGUGUUGGAUGAAGUUUCAAGAUCCCAACACUCCAGUUAUAUUACGUCAAACGGCUGCAGCGUAUAUUGGGAGCCUGAUAGCGAGAGCAAAAUAUAUUAAAAUCAGCAUGAUCAAAAAAUGCUUGAAUUUACUCGUCUCGUGGAUCCAUCGAUACAUUGACAAUAUUAAUUGUGAGCUUGCUUAUCCUGACGUCGAUAAACACGGUCCUUUCUACUCUCUGUGUCAGGCUGUUUUCUACAUAUAUGUGUAUCGUCAUUCUUGCUUGCUACAGGAGAAAGAUGGGAUGGGUUUCGCUCGACGUUUAAACUUUGAAAGGAUUGUCACUUGUAAACUCAAUCCCCUUAAGAUAUGUCUAUCUCAUGUCGUGAAGAUGUUCGCCCAUGUAACAAGAUAUAACGAAGUUGUGUUUUGCUACACAAUCAUUGAGAAAAACAACAGAAGUCUUCCUAUGACAGCACCUUCUUUUACGUCGUCGGUUGUUGCGAAGCAUAGUCAACUUAAUCAGUUGGAUUCAUUCUUUCCUUUUGAACCAUAUUUAUUGAAAAGAUCUCGGUUGUUUAUCAAAGAUAUUUAUCGUGAAUGGGAUGGGAUUGAACCCGAGACCUAUAUUUCAGACGGAGAAGAAAUUGACGACCAUGUCGAGUUAGGAAAAUCACCAGACUCUCUGCCAACGUCUUCACUAAAUUCCAUCAGUGACAUGAAGAUUUCACCUUGACGUCACUUGACUUCAUGUCAAUAUGGAAAUGGCAUCAGUUUGAGAAUGGCAUCAUGCUAAAUACAUCAUAGUAAUAGCAUUGGUAUGGUAAUGACAAAUCAUGGUAAUGACAUCAUGAUUGUGACAUCAGUAUGGUAAUGACAAAUCAUGGUAAUGACAUAUCAUGGUAAUGACAAAUCAUGGUAAUGACAUAUCAUGGUAAUUACAUCAGUGUGUUAUUAAUGACAUACCAUGGUAAUGACAUCAUUGUUGUGACAUCAGUGUGGUAAUGACAUAUGGUAAUGACAUCAUGGUUGUGACAUCAGUAUGGUAAUGACAUAUCAUGGUAAUGACAUCAUUGUUGUGACAUCAGUGUGGUAAUGACAUAUGGUAAUGACAUGGUUGUGACAUCAGUAUGAUAAUGACAUAUCAUGGUAAUGACAUCAGUGUGGUAAUGACAUGUGGUAAUGACAUCAUUGUUGUGACAUCAGUGUGGUAAUGACAUGGUCAUGGUUGUGACAUCAGUAUGGUAAUGACAUAUGGUAAUGACAUCAGUGUGGUAAUGACAUCAUGGUUGUGACAUCAGUAUGGUAAUGACAUAUCAUGGUAAUGACAUCAGUGUGGUAAUGACAUGUGGUAAUGACAUCAUGGUUGUGACAUCAGUAUGGUAAUCACAUAUCAUGGUAAUGACAUCAGUGUUGUCACAUCAGUGUGGUAAUGACAAAAGCUAUUAAUGACAUUGUUGUAGAUACGGGAAUGUCCGUUCCUAGCAAAUGCUUAAAGAUGAUAGAUUACAUGCUUCUACAUGAUGCUUAUGUUAAUCCCCAGUAUAUAUGUAGCAUGUUUGGGAAUGAUCAGAUGUAUUAUAAAGACUAUAGCAACCUCACUCAACAUGGUAAAAAUUCUGUAUAUCAAAGGAAGCUAUUAUAAAGUACUUUGGAAAAUAUUGUUGCACUUCAACCAUCUGGACCUAGUAUGAAUACUAACUGGAAUUUCCAAUAUACUUUGUCUUUAUUAACCAUAUGUUGUGCUUGUACCUUAAAAGUUUCUCAAGCAGAACAAUCAAUGAGAAUUUAAUGGUUUUUCCUUUAACUUUAUUCAUUGUUUUUAUAAUUGAAAUAAGUGUGUAUCUACAAACUACAUUUGUCAUGAUAUGCUAACUUGGGUGAUAAUGCUCAGUUUACAAGGAGUUGAUUAUACUAAAUAUCAUAAGUAUAUUGAAGUAUUUAUUUAAAAAUCCUGAA